AUAUUUUUCAAAUUGAAAAUGUGGAAACCUUACCAGUAACUGCGAAAUGUAUUAGAGAAGAGAUUGGAAGGGAUGCGUUAUUAACAAGAAUUCAUCAAGCUUUAGUUAAGGGUAAAAGUCUUGUGCCUUUGGGAUUUAAGGAUGGUGAAUUCACGUUGCAGAGCGAUAUUAUUUUUAGAAAAGAAAGGGUAGUUAUUCCUAAGAAUUUAAGAAAAGAAGUUUUAAAAGAAUUACACAUAGGGCAUUUCGGUACAGUGCGAAUGAAACAAUUGAGUAGGAAUUUCUGUUGGUGGCCCAAAAUCGACAAAGAUAUUGAAGAAAUAACACGAAAUUGUGAAGCGUGUAUCAGGUUCAGUAAUAAUCCGAAUAGUAAAACUAAACACAUGUGGGAGGCAGUUACACAACCUUUUGAACGCGUGCAUAUAGAUUUCGCGGGUCCCUUUAUGGGAUAUAUUUUUCUAGUUUUAGUAGAUGCAUAUACAAAAUGGCCAGAGACGCUGGUAUCAGAUAAUGGGCGUACGUUUAUUGCAGAAGAAUUUCAAAAUUUUCUCAAAAAUAAUGGAAUUUAUCACAAGCGUACAGCACCAUAUCACCCAGCCACAAAUGGAUUGGCAGAACGUUUUGUCCAAACCUUAAAACAAGCGUUGCGAAAAUUAAAUGUGACUAAUGGAAAUAUUAAAACAAAUCUGCAAAAG